AAGAACGUCAUAUCGUCAUCAGACGCCGUAGGGUUGGAAUGCCUCUGUGUGAGAUCCAGAACAACUCACCAAACAUUUUUUACAAUUGGGAUAUGUUACGGAUAUGUUUCAAAAAUGUAUAACAAUAAUUUCCCGACGCUUCAAGAGACUGAGUUGUCUUUCCUUGGACUAGGAGAGUAAAUCAGAGAGAAAUAGUGUUGUGAAUGCUGCCAAGUCGAAUUGCUUUCAACUAUUUAUUGAAGUGCAGAAAUUCAUAUGGACCAGAAGGCUAGAUAUCAGGCUUGGUACCCUCCAACAUUAUGUUAUAUCGUUCGUUUGGACCAUGGAGUAGUCCAACACGGACCGUUAUAAUGUGAGUCCUGAAUCUCUGGAUGUUUGGGCAAGCUAGCCAAGUUGGCUACAUUCUUGUCGCCCUGUGUAGCUGGCUAGAAAAUUGUGAUUGUGUGUUGCCGGAGCGUUAGGCUACAAAGCAAGAAAGUGUAAGUGAAAAUACAUGCUUCUUUUACAUACAGGCAGAUGAAACACUGAAGACGAAUCCGCUAAUAGCAUAAAGAAAUGUAAGGUCCGGGUGCAUCUUCAAUCCCUAACUUACCAGGAAGGUAGUCUACUCCUAAGUGCUGGAAGAUAGCCACUGUUAGCCAUAACUAUUGACAAGGGGAGAAGUAAAUGAUCAUUAUAAAUCGCCCACAUGCGCUGGAUCAAUCGUCGGCUUGGGGAAAGGAAUCAGAAGGUGGUGGACGUGUUGAGCGCUAAACCCUUCCUGGCUGCAGGAAGAUGGCGCAGCCGUUCAAUUGGAAGUAGUGGCGAGAGGAGUGAAACUUCAUCGGGGCUCGUUGGAUUUACUAGACAUCUCGACCCUGAUCGAAGGACACAUGCAGGCCAAAAAACGGUACUUAAUUCUGUUCUCCGCCGGUGCGUGUCUCAUUCUGUUGUUGUACUUUGGAGGGAUGCAAACCCCGCUAUCCAGAAGCAACAACCGGCGUGAUGACCGCAGCCUCGAUGGACACCACGGGAGUCCCCAGUGGCACCACUUCUCGGGGUCCCUGCAGCCGUUCAGCCCCUGGGACCAAAUGGAGACCGAGGAGUACAACGUUCACAUAUCGCCACGACAGAAGAGGGAUGUCAUUUCGGGAGUUUAUAACGGGAAACGUUGCCGGAUGGACUCCUGCUUUGAUUUUUCCUUGUGCAAAACCAACGGAUUUAAAGUUUACGUUUACCCGCAACAGAAAGGAGAGAAGAUGUCAGAGAGUUAUCAGAAUAUUUUAUCUUCCAUUGAGGCUUCCAGGUUCUAUACGUCUGACCCGGGACAGGCUUGUCUGUUUGUCCUGAGUUUGGACACUCUAGACAGGGACAUUCUGUCUCCGCAGUAUGUUCACAACCUCAGAACUAAAGUCCAGAACUCGCAUCUGUGGAAUAACGGAAAGAAUCACCUCAUCUUCAACCUCUAUUCGGGAACUUGGCCCGACUACACGGAAGAUCUGGGCUUCGACUUUGGACAGGCCAUGCUAGCCAAGGCAAGCAUCGGCGCAGAGAACUUCAGACCCAAUUUCGAUGUCUCCAUCCCUCUUUUUGGGAAAGACCACCCCAGCGCCGGAGGGGAGAGGGGCUUUUUAAAACACAACUCUAUCCCACCGUACAGGAAAUACAUGCUUGUGUUCAAAGGGAAACGAUACCUCACUGGAAUCGGAUCAGACACGAGGAAUGCGUUAUAUCACGUCCAUAACUCCGAGGACGUGGUGCUGCUCACCACAUGUAAACACGGGAAAGACUGGCAGAAGCACAAGGAUGCCCGCUGUGACCUCGACAACGCCGAAUAUGACAAACAUGAUUACAGAGAGAUGCUUCACAACUCUACCUUCUGUCUGGUUCCCAGAGGACGACGCCUGGGAUCCUUCCGCUUCCUGGAAGCACUGCAGGCUGCCUGUGUACCUGUGAUACUCAGUAACGGCUGGGAGAUGCCCUUCUCGGAGAUCAUCCACUGGAACACAGCAGCUGUGAUCGGGGACGAACGACUGCUACUUCAGAUUCCGUCUACGGUGCGUUCCAUUCACCAGGACAACAUCUUGUCUCUCAGACAGCAGACCCAGUUCCUGUGGGAGGCCUACUUCUCUUCUGUAGAGAGGAUAGUACUCACAACACUAGAGAUCAUCCAUGACCGGGUGCUCCAGCAUGCAGCCCGUAGUAACCUGAUGUGGAACAGUCUUCCCGGAGGUCUCUACUCCCUGCCUCAGUACUCCUCAUACCUGGGGGACUUCCCUUUCCACUAUGCUAAGCUAGGUAUCAAGCCUCGUCCCAAGUUCACGGCGAUCAUACAUGCUGUGACUCCCCUGGUCUCCCAGUCUCAGCCCAUCCUCAAGCUACUGGUGGCUGUCUCCAAGUCCCAGCACUGUGUCCAGGUGAUUGUCCUAUGGAACUGUGACAAGCCCCUCCCGGCCAAUCACCGCUGGCCUGCCACCGCCGUACCUGUCCUGGUCAUAGAUGGAGAGAGCAAGGUGAUGAGCAGUCGUUUCCUUCCCUAUGACACAAUACCAACAGACGCCGUUCUGAGUCUGGACGAGGAUACAGUUCUCUCUACUACUGAGGUGGACUUUGCUUUCACGGUGUGGCAGAGUUUCCCAGAGAGGAUUGUGGGAUACCCGGCCAGGAGUCAUUUCUGGGACAGCAACAAGGAGAGGUGGGGCUACACCUCCAAGUGGACCAACGACUACUCUAUGGUCCUGACAGGAGCUGCUAUAUACCACAGAUAUUACCACUACCUGUACACCAGUUACCUGCCGGCUAGUCUGAGGGGCCUGGUGGACCAGCUGUCGAACUGUGAAGACAUCCUGAUGAACUUCCUGGUGUCGGCCGUCACCAAGCUGCCGCCCAUCAAGGUCACCCAGAAGAAACAGUACAAGGAGACUAUGAUGGUGCAGACCUCCAGAGCGUCUCGGUGGGCCGACCCAGACCACUUUGCCCAGCGACAGAGCUGCAUGAAUAAGUUUGCCAGCUGGUUUGGCAGCAUGCCCCUGGUGCACUCUAAUGUGCGUCUGGACCCGGUGUUGUUUAAAGACCAGGUGUCCAUACUGAGAAAGAGAUACAAGGACAUAGAGAGACUAUAACCUGCCUGAUCCUCUCUGUCUCCAUGGUGGAGUGGAGAGGGACAGAGAGAGACUAGAACCAGCCUGAUCCUCUCUGUCUCCAUGGUGGAGUAGAGAGAGACUAUAACCAGCCUGAUCCUCUCUGUCUCCAUGGUGGAGUGGGACAGAGAGAGACUAUAACCAGCCUGAUCCUCUCUGUCUCCAUGGUGGAGUGGGACAUAGAGAGACUAUAACCAGCCUGAUCCUCUCUGUCUCCAUGGUGGAGUGGAGAGGGACAGAGAGAGACUAGAACAGCCUGAUCCUCUCUGUCUUCAUGGUGGAGUAGAGAGAGACUAGAACCAGCCUGAUCCCCUGCUGCCCCCUAGAAGGACAGGAGAGUAGAGGGACAGAGAGGGACUACAACAAGCCUGAGACCCCUGCUGCCUCCUGGAAGGACAGGAGAGUAGUGGGAUGGGAGACACACAGAGACCCUCCUAGAGAGAAGAGAGGAACAGGGGAAGAAACGAGAGGAGAGGACAGGGCGCUGUGGAGCCAGGACGCCACGGUUGACCCUGCCAGAGAGAAGGGAGGAACAGGGGAAGAAAUGAGAGGAGAGGACAGGGCGCUGUGGAGCCAGGACGCCACGGUUGACCCUCCCAGAGAGAAGGGAGGAACAGGGGAAGAAAUGAGAGGAGAGGACAGGGCGCUGUGGAGCCAGGACGCCACUGUUGACCCUCCCAGAGAGAAGGGAGGAACAGGGGAAGAAAUGAGAGGAGAGGACAGGGCGCUGUGGAGCCAGGACGCCACGGUUGACCCUGCCAGAGAGAAGGGAGGAACAGGGGAAGAAAUGAGAGGAGAGGACAGGGCGCUGUGGAGCCAGGACGCCACGGUUGACCCUCCCAGAGAGAAGGGAGGAACAGGGGAAGAAAUGAGAGGAGAGGACAGGGCGCUGUGGAGCCAGGACGCCACGGUUGCGUCUUCCACCCACACUCUCCAUCUUUGUAUGCUGUUGCUGGUGCCAACAGUGGUAACCGUGACAACCCAGGCUGUAUUUUGGUAGGAGCUGUACACAGAAAUUAAACUAGUUCAUGCACAACUGACAACAUGGACGUCUGGGGAGGGGGUGGGGGGGGGGGGGACUUUGUUCUAGAACUUUCUACAUGAGGAGAGACCCUGGCUGAUGCCGUCUCCUCAGAGUCAACACGACGGCCGUUAUAGUCAAGGAGAGACCAUGGCUGCAGUCCUAACGACGGUCUACUGGUAGACUGUCUCUACAGACUGUGUUCAGUCUGCCAGUGGUAAAUCUCUCCCAACCUACUAAAAAAAACCCUACGAUGAAACCAAGGGAGGAGUACUUGUUUAGUUAUAGAAGUGAACCUUUGUUCUGUUUGGUUCUAAACACUAUGCACAGGUUCAACACAAUUGCUGCCAGAAUCUGAAAAUACUAUUUGGCUGUGUUUUAGUUAGCUUUUAUAGUAAAGAAUGAAUGUCCAGCAUUACUGUCUCUACUGUGUCCAGCCUUGGGUGGUGGUGGGGGGGGGGGGGGGUCUGUGUUUUAGUUAGUUUUUAUAGUAAAGAAUGAAUGUCCAGCAUUACUGUCUCUACUGUGUCCAGCCUUGAGGGGGGGGGGGGGUGGAGGUCUGUAUUUUCCUGCUGUAACAGGCUAGAGAUACAGAGCUCAACCACAGAACUGACAUUUCACUGUACCUGUAGUUAGGACUAAUGUUGUGGUUGUUGUGCUCUGGGAGUCCUGAGUGUGACUGGGCGUGAAUCGAUGCUCACCUUGGAUGAUUUGGAGAUUUUUUAACUUGAUUUGCCAUUUUCUUUUUUCAAUAUUCUAGAGAAGUUCUAAAAAAUUAUCGCUCACCAAAAAAAAUAUAUUUUUGAGUGUCUGACUGAAGUACAAUGAAUCUUGCCCUUUGACCCCAUCCUCCUUAUCCCUUAUUAGCAUAUUGAUCCAGCUGCAUUGUAAGGUUUAACAGUUGAGUUUCAUAUUGAUCCAACUGCAUUGAAAGGUUUAACAGUUGAGUUUCAUAUUGAUCCAGCUGCAUUGAAAGGUUUAACAGUUGAGUUUCAUAUUGAUCCAGCUGCAUUCCCUGUUCCACGUUCUACCCCUCACAAUGUAUUCCCCGUUCCACGUUCUUCCCCUCACAAUGUAUUCCCUGUUCCACGUUCUCCCCCUCACAAUUUAUUCCCUGUUCCACGUUCUCCCCCUCACAAUUUAUUCCCUGUUCCACGUUCUACCCCUCACAAUGUAUUCCCCGUUCCACGUUCUUCCCCUCACAAUGUAUUCCCUGUUCCACGUUCUCCCCCUCACAAUUUAUUCCCCGUUCCACGUUCUCCCCCUCACAAUUUAUUCCCUGUUCCACGUUCUCCCCCUCACAAUUUAUUCCCUGUUCCACGUUCUUCCCCUCACAAUUUAUUCCCUGUUCCAAGUUCUUCCCCUCACAAUUUAUUCCCUGUUCCACGUUCUCCCCCUCACAAUUUAUUCCCCGUUCCAC